UGAAUGAAUAUUCAUACGCGAAGUAAUAUAAUAUUAGUCUUUUUAUAAUAACAUUAAAUUUUGAAGAAUUUAUUGCUACUAUUAAUAUGAAAACACUACAUUAUGACAGAGACGUUGUAAAUUUAUCAUGUAGUAUAUUAAAUCGUUUCAUGCAAAAAAUGCUUUUAAGAAUUGCCUUUUUUACAGAAAAACAUAUUAAAUAUCAACAUCCAAUAUAUUUAGAGGAAUCUCUAGUAGCCAGUCAGUGCGUGUAUAACGUCCCAGUAGGACCAUUUCUGCUAUUCUUUCGUUAAGAAAAAUAAUUAUUUGUUGUUAUUAGUAUUUAAAACAAUGGGUUGCAAUGAAAUUAUUUCUCAAUCUUCUACAAAAAAGUUUGCAAAGGAAACUCUGAUUGACGAUACUGCGAGAAUUAAUAGCAACGCCAACAUAGAUAAAAAAUAUAAAUCCAUGAUAAAAUCCCGUAUUCUCAAUUUUGAAACUGACAUAAUAUGGUUUACUGUUCUGAUAAUUUUUCUAUUGCACGCUAUUGGCAUUUAUAGUUUACUAACUUUCAACUACUUAGAAAAUCCAUUGACUACAUUAUGGACAUUUGGGAUGUACAUAAUAGCCAAUAUCGGAGUAUCUGGUGGUGCUCAUAGACUUUGGAGUCAUAACAGCUACAAAGCAAAACUGUCAAUGAGAGUCCUACUUUUAAUAUGCUUUAGCAUAAGUGGUCAGAAUACGAUAUACAGUUGGGUGAGAAAUCAUCGCUUGCACCACAAAUAUUGCGACACUAAUGCCGAUCCCCACAAUACUAAGCGAGGUUUAUUUUACACGCAUAUAGGAUGGGUAAUGAUGAAAGAGCAUCCGGAAUUGAUUGAAAAAAGUAAGAAGCUCGACUUAUCAGAUGUUUUAUCAGAUUCUGUAGUAAUGUUCGACAAAAAGUACCAUAUGCUUCUUCUACUUUUGUUUGGUUUUAUCUUACCUACGGCAGUACCUGUAUAUCUAUGGAAUGAGACUUGGGAGAGAGCCAUUAUAUCCCAAGUUUUUAUACGAUACAUGAUUACUUUAAACUCCGUAUGGACUAUCAAUAGCAUUGCUCAUAGAUGGGGCACUAGACCAUAUAAUAAGAACAUAGGACCGGCAAACAACAAUUUUGUUAAUUUUCUGACGAUAGGUGAAGGUUAUCACAAUUUUCACCACAUGUUUCCGUGGGAUUACAGAUCGUCAGAAAAAGGAAAUAACAAAUUUAAUUACACUACUUUUUUCAUUGAUUUUUGUGCAAAAUUAGGACAAGCAUAUGAUCUUAAGUAUCCGUCCAUAAAUCUUAUAAAAAAUGUAAUAUUAAAUAAAGGUGACGGAACGCAUUCUUCGCAUUGUCCGAAAUAUCAAGAUUAAAAUCUGAUUAAUAAAUAAAAUAGAACAUUGUAUUGCUACCAAAUAAAAAUCGAACACCAUUCAAAGAAUGCUGUUCGUAUACAUUUUUAACA